AUGCAGCCCUCCAGCUCCAGGUCUGUACACCUAAGUGACUGGCAGAAGAAUUACUUUGCACUUACAUCUGGCACAUGUACACCAGGACAGAAGGCAGAUGCCUACCGAGCACAGAUACUCCGCAUUCAGUAUGCAUGGGCAAACUCUGAUAUCUCCCAAGUCUGUGCUGCUACACUGUUCAGGAAAUACGCAGAGAAAUAUUCCGCAGUUAUCGAUUCUGACAAUGUUGAAACUGGCUUGAAUAACUAUGCAGAAAGCAUUUUAACUCUUGCAGGAUCUCAGCAAACUGACAGUGACAAAUGGAAGUCUGGAUUGUCAAUAAAUAAUGUGUUCAAACUGAGCAAUGUGCAGGAGAUGAUGCGUGCUGGCAAGAAAUCCAAAGACUCUCUGUUGGCACCUGCUGAUGCAUCACUAGUCAUCCACAAAGAGGCCACUGUCUCUGACCUUCCUGCAUUUAGCAUUUGUGGUGGUUCUGGGGAGAGCAACCUGUUGACUAACUCAGCCCAUGGUGCUGACAGGACUCAAGAGUUUCCAGAGUGUUGUCCUUCUUUGAAGUGCCCUCAGAGUGCCCAGCCACCUCUAGUCAUUAACACCACUAAGACGUGUCCUGUAGCCUCAGCACCUUUUGGUGAGUCAGCCCUUGCAAAGUUCCAUGCCAAACCAUUAUUUGGGAAUGUCAAAAAGGAAAAUAACAGCUUUCUCAAAGGCAACAUAGGACCAAAUGUGUUCUCAUCUAAUCAGUCUUGUUUUCCUUCUUUCUGUGAAAAUGCACGGGACAGAAAAGCUUUUUAUGGUGCUGGCACCAUCGAUGCACUUUCCACCCCAGUACUGAAUAAGGCUUGUAGUAAAACAGAAGAUAAUGGCCAAAGAGGGGAGAGCAGCCUGCCUGCUUUUAAAACUGCAAAGGAACAGUUAUGGGUAGAUCAGCAGAAAAAGUACCACCAGCCCCAGCGUGCAUCAGGGUCUUCAUAUGGCGGAGUGAAAAAGUCUCUGGGGGCUGGUAGAUCUCGAGGGAUAUUUGGAAAGUUUGUUCCUCCUGUACCUAAGCAAGAUGGGGGAGAUCCAGGUGGGGGAAUGCAGUAUAAGCCUCAGGGUGCAGGUGCUGCAGACCCAGCACAUCCCAUGGACGAGCGCCUGAAGAACUUGGAGCCCAGAAUGAUUGAACUUAUUAUGAAUGAGAUUAUGGAUCAGGGACCUCCAAUAAAUUGGGAAGAUAUUGCAGGUGUGGAAUUUGCCAAGGCCACGAUAAAGGAGAUCGUUGUGUGGCCCAUGUUGCGGCCAGACAUCUUCACUGGCCUACGAGGACCCCCUAAAGGCAUUCUGCUCUUUGGUCCUCCUGGCACUGGUAAGACUCUGAUUGGCAAGUGCAUUGCUAGUCAGGCUGGGGCAACGUUUUUCAGUAUCUCUGCUUCCUCCUUGACUUCCAAGUGGGUGGGUGAGGGGGAGAAAAUGGUCCGUGCAUUGUUUGCUGUAGCAAGAUGUCAGCAACCAGCUGUGAUAUUUAUUGAUGAAAUUGAUUCCCUGUUAUCUCAACGUGGAGAUGGUGAGCACGAAUCUUCUAGAAGGAUAAAAACCGAAUUUCUAGUUCAGUUAGAUGGGGCAGCCACAUCUUCUGAGGACCAUAUUCUAGUGGUGGGAGCGACCAACCGGCCACAAGAAAUUGAUGAGGCUGCCCGGAGAAGGCUGGUGAAAAGGCUGUAUAUUCCUCUCCCAGAAGCUUCGGCCAGAAAACAGAUAGUAGUUAAUCUGAUGUCCAAGGAGCAGUGCUGCCUCAGUGAGGAGGAGCUCGCGCUGGUGGUGCAGCAUUCUGACGGGUUCUCUGGAGCAGACAUGACUCAGCUGUGCCGGGAGGCGUCUCUGGGUCCUAUUCGCAGUUUGCAGGCUGCUGACAUUGCCACCAUAACGCCUGAUCAAGUUCGCCCAAUAGCUUACAGCGACUUUGAAAAUGCUUUCAAAACUGUGCGACCUAGUGUAUCUCCAGAAGAUUUAGAGCUUUAUGAAAACUGGAACAGGACUUUUGGUUGUGGAAAAUAA